CCAAACGGCGCGGGCUCUGCGUAGAACUAUAGACUGUAUAAUCGAGAAUUAGUAGUGCCCCCCCCAAAAAAAAUAUAAUCGAAAUUUAAAACGAAAAAUUAAUAAUUAAGAACAGCACUUUGUGCUGAUAAAUUCGAAACCCCCUCGAAAUCAGUGAUCAAAGACCAUGGAGUACAAUAGCAUUUUGCGUUCGAACUUUUCGCGCAAUGAAUAUCGGCGAUAUAUAUCCUACGAACGCCAGUCGUUGGCAUCACAAUAUGAGCCGGGAGGCUACUCCGCGCUGCAAACGCCAACGCCUUCCAACCGAAACUCCGCCAACAUGACCCAGCGGGACGGCAUCAUCAAGUUCGAGAACGAGCGGAUCAAAACGCUGCAGGAGGAGCGAUUGCACAUUCAGAAGAAGACAUUCACAAAAUGGAUGAACUCGUUUCUGAUCAAGGCCAAAAUGGAGGUCGAAGACCUAUUCACAGACCUGACCGAUGGCAUCAAGCUGCUGAAGCUGCUGGAGAUCAUAUCGUCGGAGAAACUGGGCAAGCCGAACAGCGGACGCAUGCGCGUCCAUAAAAUCGAAAAUGUCAACAAGAGUCUGGCAUUCUUGCACACCAAGGUCCGUUUGGAGUCCAUUGGUGCUGAGGACAUUGUCGAUGGCAACCCCCGUCUCAUCCUGGGUCUCAUCUGGACCAUCAUUCUGCGGUUUCAGAUUCAGGAAAUUGAAAUCGAUGUGGAUGAGGAGAACGAGUCCAGCGAGAAGCGUUCCGCCAAAGAUGCGCUGCUUUUGUGGUGCCAGCGCAAGACGCAUGGCUAUCCGGGUGUCAACAUCACCGACUUUACCAACUCCUGGCGCUCGGGAUUGGGCUUCAAUGCGCUCAUCCACUCGCACCGUCCCGAUCUGUUUGAGUACAGCACCAUUGUCAAUUCGAAGAACUCCAACCUGGACAACCUUAACCAUGCCUUCGACACGGCCGCCAACGAAUUGGGCAUUCCCAGCCUGCUCGAUGCGGAGGACAUUGACUCGGCCCGACCCGACGAGAAGUCGAUCUUGACCUAUGUGGCCUCCUACUAUCACACCUUUGCACGCAUGAAGAACGAACAGAAGAGCGGCAAGCGCAUAGCGAAUAUUGUCGGCCAGCUGAUGGAUGCCGAUCGCAAGAAGAUGCAGUACGAGGGUCUGACCACAAACCUGCUGAGCUGGAUCCGCCAGAAGACGCUGGAGCUGGAGCAGCGCGACCUGCCCAACUCGCUGGAGGGCAUCCAGCGGGAACUGCUGGCCUUCAAGGAGUACCGCACCAUUGAGAAGCCACCCAAAUACAAGGAGCGCAGUGAGAUCGAGGCCCUGUACUUCACCAUCAACACCCUGCUGAAGGCCCUCAAUCAGCCGUCCUUCAAUCCCCAGGAUGGUCAGCUGGUCAACGACAUUGAGAAGGCCUGGCAGAUCCUCGAGUACGCCGAACAUCAUCGCGAGGUGGCCUUGCGGGAGGAACUGCUGCGCCAGGAGAAACUGGAGCAGCUGAACUACAAGUUCGAGAAGAAGUCGGUGCUGCGUGAGGGUUAUCUCAAGGAGAUGAUCCAAGUGCUGUCCGAUCCGCGCUACCUGCGCCAAGUGGAUGCCACUCUGAAGAAACACGAGGCCAUCUCUGCGGAUAUUCUCGCACGCGUUGAGCGAUUCAAUGACCUGACCGCCAUGGCCGAGGAGCUGGACAGGGAGAACUAUCAUGGCAAGGAGCGUGUGCGUCGCCGGGAGCAGGAGGUGAUGGCCAAGUGGCGCCAGUUGCUGGAGCUGCUGGAGAAUCAGCGUUUGAACCUCUCGCAGAUGAGCAACCUGAUGAAUUUGCUACGCGAAAUUGCCAGCACCACCGAAGCUGUGCGCGAGUUGCAGCAACAGUUCGCCUCCGAGGAUGUGGGUCCGCAUCUCCUAGGAGUGGAGGAACUCCUCCAGGCCCAUUCGCUGCAGGAGCUGCAGGUUAAUACCUACGGAGAAACCCUCAAACGCUUCAAUCGCCAGGCGCUGCCCUACAAGAGCUCGGAGCACAAGGAUGCCGCUCUGCUGGCCCAACGUCUCGCCGAUCUGGAGGAGGCCUAUUCGGAGCUGCUGCGUCGUUCGGCGGCGCGAAGAGCUCGCCUGGAGGAGGCCCGGAACUUCCAUCACUUCAUGGAGGACUACGACAACGAGGAGUCCUGGCUGGUGGACAAGCAGCGCAUCUGUAAAACCGGCAUCACGGCGAAGGAUUUGCGGGCAGUGCUCUCGCUGCAGCAGAAGCACAAGGCUCUGGAGGAUGAGAUCAAGUCGAGGAAACCGAAAUCCGGUCAGAUGUCCGAUGCGGGCAAGCGACUGAUUGGCGAGGAGCAUCCACGCUCUUCGGAAAUCCAAAGUAGGAUUGAUUCUUUGGCGGAACAUUGGCAGGCUUUGGAGGCUCUAGUGGAGCUGCGUCGCCGCCAAUUAGAGGACGCCGCCGAGGCCUACCAAUUCUACACGGAUGCCAACGAGGCCGAGUCCUGGCUGAACGAGAAGAUGGCGCUGGUUAACUCGAGGGAUUACGGAAACGAUGAGCCCUCGGCGCAGGCUCUGCUCCAACGUCAUCGCGAUCUGCAGGGUGAACUGAAUGCCUAUUCCGGGGACAUUCUCAAUCUCAAUCAGCAGGCCGAUAAGCUGAUUAAGGCGGGCAUUUGCACCCUGGAACUUUCCGCCGUGGAGCCGGAACUCCCGGAGCAGGAACAAGAGGAGUGGGUCAACGAGACGCGACUGGUGCCCAAAGAAGUCUGGGAGGACGAGUGGGUGGAGAAGCUGGAGCACAAGAAGGUCACCGAGACGAAGAUGCUGCCGCAUGUCAAAUCCCUCUUUCCCUUCGAGGGUCAGGGCAUGAAGAUGGACAAGGGCGAGGUGAUGUUGCUCAAGUCCAAGACCAACGACGAUUGGUGGUGUGUGCGCAAGGAUAACGGAGUGGAGGGAUUUGUGCCAGCCAACUAUGUGCGUGAGGUGGAACCCCGUCCAGUGGCCUGCAUUGUUCCGAAGGCAGAAAAGGUCAAAUCCCUGCAGAAGGUGAAGAAGACCAUCCUCGUUCGCCAAGUGGUUCCUGUCAAGAGAAUCAAACCAGUGAGUGUGGCACCCAAACCGCUCGUCCAAAGGAGAACCUCCACCCAGAGCAUCAACGAGAAUGCCGACAGCGUGGAGAAGCGUCAGCAGAGGAUCAAUCAGACCUACGACGAACUGCAGGAGAUGGCCCAGAAACGCCAUGCCCUCCUAGAGGACUCCAUCCAUCUCUUUGGCUUCUAUCGCGAGUGCGACGACUUUGAGAAGUGGAUGAAGGAGAAGGAGCGCAUGAUCAAGUCGGAUGAGGGCGAGGGCGUGGACAACGCGAAGCGCAAGUUCGAGAAGUUCAUCACGGAUCUCUCAGCUGCUUCGAAGCGAGUUGAGGAAAUCGAUGGCGCUGUGGACACCUUCCGCCGCCAGGGACACUCGCAGCUGGACAAGAUCAUCGCCCGUCAGCGACAGAUUCAUCAGAUUUGGCAGCGACUCAACAAUGCCAAGGCUCAGAGGGAAAAGAGCCUGGAAGGAGCCUCCAGCGUGGAGCUAUUCAAUCGCACCUGCGACGAGGCGAAGGUCUGGAUGAGCGAGAAGAUGCUGCAGUUGGACACGGCUGUCAUUACCCCAGAUCUCCGCACCGUUCAGGCGCUGCAGAGACGCCAUCAAAACCUCGAGAGAGAACUGGCUCCCGUGGAGGAAAAGGUCAAUCGGGUGACUUACCUAGGCAACUCGGUGAAGAAUUCCUAUCCGGCGGAGAAGGACAAUGUGAAUGCCCGCCAACAGGAAGUCCAGGACAUGUGGCAGCAGGUUCAACAGCGUGGCAGUGACCUCCGCAAUCGCAUCGAAAGCGAGGUGGGUCAGCAGAUCUUCAACAACAGUGCCAAGGUUUUGUUAGCCUGGAUUGAUUCGGUGAAGGAUCAACUGAAUGCCGAUGAGUCUGCAAGGGAUGUUGAGACUGCCAACAAUCUGCUGAAGAAGCACAACGAUUUGGGCGAUGAUAUCCGUGCCCAUGACACCGAAUUCGUGGAAGUCAUCCAAUUGGGAAAGCAGCUCUCCGAUGGCAAACCCCACAUGGCGGAGACUGUGGCCGUAAUUGAACGCCUGAAGGCCGAACAGGAUGCCAUCCAUCGCGGCUGGGCCGAGAAGCAAAAGUGGCUGCUGCAGUGUGUCGAACUGCAGAUGUUCAACCGGGAGGCGGACAAGAUCGAUGCCACCACCAAGAGUCACGAGGCCUUCCUGGAGUACAACAAUCUGGGAUCCUCUCUGGAUGAAGUGGAGGCCAUUCUGAAGCGCCAUCUGGACUUUGAGAAGAGCCUGAUGGCCCAGGACAAGAUCUUGAAGGGUUUCUCGGACAAUGCAGACAAGCUGAUUGCCAACGAUCACUACGAUUCGAAAUACAUCGGAGAUCGCCGCAAUCAGGUUCUGGGCAAGCGCAAGGCGGUCAGGGAUCGCGCCUUCGAGCGCAAGCGUCUUCUGCAGGCCUCCAAGGACUUCCACAAGUUCGCCGCCGAGGCGGAUGACCUCAAGGUUUGGCUGCAGGACAAGACGAGGAUUGCGGGCGACGAGAACUACCGGGAUCUGAGUAACCUGCCCCGCAAGUUGCAGAAGCACCAGGCCUUCGAGCGGGAACUCCGCGCCAACGAGGGUCAACUGAGGAAUGUGACCAAGGAUGGCCAGGCGCUCGUCCAGGCCGGCAAUCGAGUGCCCGAGGUGGAGUCGCGAGUGGCCGAUCUGAACAAGCGCUGGAAGGAUCUGCUCACCCUGUCCGAGGACAAGGGUCGUAAGCUGGAGCAGGCCGCCUCGCAGCGGGAGCACAAUCGCUCGCUGGAGGAUGCCAAGAAGAAGGUGGACGAGCUGGACGCUGCCCUGCGAAGUGGCGAUGUGGGCAACGAUUUGCGCAGCUGCAAGGAUCUGAUCAACAAGCAGCAGAUUCUCGAAUCGGAGAUCACCAUUUGGGAUCAAAAGGUGGCGGAACUAGUGUCCACUGGCGAUGACAUGGCCCACGAGGGUCACUUCAAUGCCCAGAAUAUCGAAGCGGGCACCAAGGAGCUGCAGCAGCGCUUCAAGGACCUUCGUGAUCCCACCCAGCGUAGGCGGGCCAAGCUGGAGGAGAGCUUGAACUACCACAAGUUUGUGUUUGAACUGGACUCGGAAUUCCAGUGGAUCAACGAUCAUUUGCCGGCGGCCAAGUCCAAUGAGCUGGGACAGAAUCUGCACCAGGCCCAAUCGCUGCACAAGAAGCACAAGAAGCUGGAGGCGGAGAUCAAGGGUCACCAGCCGGUGAUCAACAAGGCUUUGCUGGCGGGUCAAUCGCUGAUUGCGCAGCAGCAUCCGGAGCGCGAGCAGGUGGAGCAGCUGUGCCAGCAGCUGGAGCACGCUUGGCAGGAUCUGGAGCGGCACUGCGGCGAGCGAUCGCGCAAACUGGACAUGUCCCUCAAAGCCCAGCAGUAUCUGUUCGACGCCGGCGAGAUCGAGUCCUGGCUGGGUGAGCGCAACAAUGCCUUGCGAUCCACGGAAUAUGGCCGUGAUCGCGACUCGGCGGCCAAGCUGCUCACCAAGCACAAGACCAUCGAGCUGGAGCUGGACACCUACUCGGGCAUUGUCACUGAAAUGGGUCAUAGUUGCGCCGCCAUGGUGGCCGCCAAUCAUCCGGAUAGCAAAGUGCUGGCCGCCAAGCAGCAGUUGAUUGAGAAGAUGCUCAAAUCCCUGCACAAGUUGGCCUCCCAGCGACAGGGACGCCUCAUGGAGAGCCUCUACAAGCACGAGUAUUUCCUCGAGUCCGACGAAGUGGAGCAGUGGAUCAGGGAGCAGGAGCAGGCCGCCUCCUCGGAGGAUUACGGCCAGGACUUUGAGCAUCUGCAGCUGCUGCAGAAUAAGUUCGAUGAUCUGAAACACCGCGUGGAAGUGGGCGCCGAUCGAGUGGAUCAGUGUGAGUUGCUCGCGAAGAAGCUUAUUGAUUCCGAGAGUCCGUAUGCCAACGAGGUGGAGAAGCGACAGGAGCAACUGAGAACCUCCUGGGAGAACCUCUUGCAACUGCUGAACCAGCGGGAGCAGAAGCUCCAUGCGGCUGGCGAGAUUCACCGCUUCCAUCGCGACGUGGCAGAGGCUCUGUUCCGCAUUCAGGACAAGAAUGCCGCGCUUUCUCAGGAACUCGGCAGGGAUUUGAACUCCGCCUUGGCACUCCUCCGCAAACAUGAGGGUUUCGAGAACGAUCUGGUUGCCUUGGAGGCUCAACUGCAGGUGCUAGUGGAGGAUUCCGUGCGCCUGCAGGCCAAGUAUCCUUCGAAUGCCGCUGCCAUUGCCCAGCAGCAGGAUAAGGUGGUGGCCGCCUGGAAUGACCUGAAGGAGAGGUCCACUGCUCGCGGAGAUCGUCUGGCUGCCAGCUCGGAUUUGCAGACUUUCUUGACAGAUGUGAGGGAUAUUGUUUCCUGGUCUUCCAAUCUCCGUGCUGCUUUGCAAGCAGAGGAACAUGUAAGCGAUGCCGCUGGAGCCACCGCCCUGAAAAUCCAACACGAUGCCAUUUAUGGAGAAAUCGAGGCGAGGGAGGAUAAGUUCCGGUACCUCAACGAACUCAGCGAUUCCAUGGUUCAAACUGGUCACUAUGCCGCCGCCGAUGUGGAGGAAAAGUGCGCCGCCAUGUUGGAUGAGCGCCAGAAGCUGCACGCCGCCUGGAACAAGAAGAAGAUUAUGCUGGAGCAGAAAAUCGAUUUGUUCUGCUUCCUGCGCGAUGCCAAGCAGAUUGAUAACCUAUCCAGCUCCCAGCAGGCUGCCCUGAGUAGCUCCGAUUUUGGCCAGACGGUGGAGGAUGUGCAGAACAAGAUCAGGAAGCACGACGAAUUCGAGCGACUGAUUCAAACGCAGGAGGAGAAGGUGGCCCUGCUGCAGGAGCACGGACGCAAGCUGAUCGAGCAGCGUCACUACGACAGUGCGAAUAUCCAGACUAUUCUCCAGGGAGUCCUCGCCCGUCGCCAAAAGGUCAAGGAUUUGUGUGCGGUGCGUAGAUACAAACUAGAAGAUGCUCUGCUCUACGCGAAGUUCGUGAGAGAUUGCGCGGAGGCAGAGUCCUGGAUAAAUGAGAAGCAGAAGAAGCUGGAAGCUGAUGCGGCUAGCUAUGCGGAGGUCACUAAUCUAGAUGAGAAGAUCAAGAAGCUGCAGAAACACCAGGCCUUCCAGGCCGAGGUGGCCGCCAAUCAGGGUCGCAUUCAGGAGAUCCAAGAUACGGGAGUCAUACUCCUCAGCAAACAGCACGAAUCCUCGCCUGAAAUUAAGCUGGCCAUUGAGAGGGUACUCCAAGCUUGGCAGGGAUUGCUGGCGGAGCUGGAGCAGCGCGGCCGCGGGCUGGAGGAGGCCCAGGACAGCCUGGAGUUCAACAGUCAGCUGGACAAGAUCGAGGCCUGGAUCCGUGACAAGGAGAUGAUGGUCCAAGCCAGCGACACUGGUCGCGAUCUGGAGCACUGCAAUGCGCUGAUGCGGAAACUCGAUGACGUGGACUCCGACAUGCGGGUGGACGAUCAGCGGGUGAAGCACAUCAACCAGCUGGCCGACAAGCUGAUCAACCAGGCUCAAGUCCCCGCGGAUACCCAGAGUGUGGAUAAGAGAAGGAAGGACUUUAACUACAAUUGGCGGCAACUCCAAGGUGCCUUGAAUGCCUAUCGUGCCUUGCUGGGCGGAGCCAACGAGAUCCAUGUCUUCAAUCGCGAUGUGGAUGACACGGCGGAGCGGAUAGCUGAAAAAUCACUGGCCAUGAGUUCUACUGACACAGGCAGGGAUCUGGCUGCAGUGGAGGCUUUGAUCCGCAGGGAGGAGGCUUUGGAGAGGGAUAUGUCUGCUGUUAAGCAAAAGAUUGAUCAGCAUGAAACGGCUGCUGAAUUCCUCAUCAAAAAAUAUCCCGAACGUGGAGCUGUUCAUAUCGAAAGGAAGCUGGAAGAGCUGCAUAAAUCCUGGGGAAAUCUGCAAGCUUUGUCUGUGAAGAGGCAGAGCAUCUUGAAUGAAGCUUACUUAGCACACAAGUUUGUCUCGGAUGUCAAAGAACUAGAGCUGUGGGUCAAUGAUAUGAUCAAGAAGAUGAACAAUACACAGGCUCCAUCCACCAUCAACGAUUGCGAGACCCAGUUGGAGUUGCACCAGGAACGCAAGGUGGAAAUCGAGGGAAGGGAGGAGGCCUUUGCUGGACUAAAACAACAGGGAGAUCAACUAAGCUCCAGGCCACAACAACAGCAGCCGGAGAAUGUGAAGAGAUACCUGCUGGUCCUCGAAGAACUCCACUCCAACCUCAACGAAGCCUGGAGCGAGAGGGCCAGGGAUCUGACCGAGGCACAUCAACUGCAGCUCUUCAAGGCGCAAGUGGAGCAGGUGGAGAUCUGGCUGGCCAACAAGGAGGCCUUCCUCAACAACGACGAUUUGGGAGACUCCUACACAGCCGUAGAGAGACUCCUCAAGAAGCACGAUGAAUUCGAGAAGCUGCUGCAAUCCGAUCAUGUGGACACUUUGCAGAAGUUUGCCAAUAGCAUUUUGGAGGGAGAACCCAAGGAUGCGGAUUUGAUACGCGAGAAACUAGCUUAUAUCUUAAGGAGAAAGCAGAAGCUGCUGGAGCUUUCAGAGGAAAGGAAACAACGCCUCAUUCAAUCGCUGCAACUGCAGGAGUUCCUGAGGAGUCUCUACGAGAUUGAUCGCUGGCUGGUGCAGAAAUUACAGGUGGCUUUGGAUGAAAACUACCGGGAGCCGAGUAAUCUGCAGAGCAAGAUCCAGAAACAUGCUGCUUUUGAUGCUGAACUCCUCAGUAACUCUCCCCGCGUUCAGUCGGUCAUCCACGAGGGCGAGCGGCUCAUCCGCGGCGAGCACUUUGCCAGGGACGAGAUUGCCCAGCAGGUGCAACUCCUCGAGGGAGAUUGGCUCAAGCUGAAGGCUGCCUCGCAGACGAAGAAGGAGAAGCUGCAGCAGGCCCACGAUGCGCUGGCCUUCAAUCGCAGCGUGGAUGAGUUUAACAACUGGAUGGACGAGGUGGAGCUGCAGCUGAGCAGCGAGGAUUAUGGCAAGGAUUUGGCUGCUGUUAGCAAUCUCCUCAAGAAGCACGAACGCCUGGAGGCCGAUGUGGCCCAUCAUGGUGAAUUGGCGGAGCAGCUGAAGCAGAAGGAUGAGCAAUUCUUCCAGGCGGAUCACUUCCUGCGUCACGAGAUUCACGAGAGGGCCACUGUUAGCAUCAGGAGGUAUAAUACCCUCCAUGAACCUUUGGGGAUUCGCAGGGAGAACCUCGAGGAUUCCCUGAGCUUGCAGCAAUUCUUGAGGGAUGCUGAGGAUGAACUACAAUGGCUGGCGGAGAAGCAAUUGGUGGCGGGCUCCCAAGAUCUGGGCACUAGUCUCCUUUCCGUUCAGGGACUCCAGAAGAAACACAAUUCUUUGGAGGCCGAGCUCACCUCGCAGGAGCCUCUGAUUCAAGCACUCCUUCAACGAGGUCAGCAGAUGAUCCGCGACAAUCACUUUGCCAGCGAGCAACUGCAAUACAAAUCGGAGUUGCUCCAAAAGCAGCUCGUUCAACUGAGGGAUUUGGCUGCCAUUCGACGACUUCGUCUGCUGGACGCUGUGGAGAGUCAGCUGUUUUAUGUAGAAGCCAACGAAGCGGAUGCCUGGAUGAGGGAGAAACGUCCCGUUUUGGCCAGCAGCGAUUAUGGCAGAGAUGAGGUCUCCGUUCAGACGCAUCAGAAGAAAUUGGAGGUUCUCCAGAGGGAACUCAUUGCCUUUAAGCCCUCGAUAGAGAAGGUGGCCAAACUGGCCAAUGGAUUGAUUGAGCGAAAUCACUUUGAUAGCGCUAAUAUAGCCGAAAAGAAUGGGCAAGUAAACCAGCAAUAUGAGGACCUCCUCCGCUUGGCCAAGGAGCGUGAAUUGAGGCUAGGCGAGUGCAAGAAGCUCUUCGAGUAUUUGCGCGAAACUGAGGAGCUGCACGAGUGGGUGGGUGACCAGAUGGCCGUCACCGCUAGCGAGGAUUACGGCGAGGAUGUGGAGCACGUAGAACAGCUCAUCUUGGCCUUUGAAUCCUUUGUUUCCAACCUGAAUGCCAACGAGGCGAGGGUGGAGGCCUGCCUGGAACGAGGCGAUCGGCUCAUCCAGGAGAACAAUCCCUACAGAAGCUCCAUUAAAUCGAAACGAGAUGAAACCAAGCAGCUGUGGGAGGAGCUCAAGGAUCUGGUGCACGCUCGCCAGGAUGCCUUAGCAGGAGCCAAGCAAGUCCACGUCUACGAUCGCGUGGCCGAUGAAACCAUUCAGCUGAUCAACGAAAAGGAUGCCUCUCUCAUCUCCGAAGAUUACGGUCAGGAUUUGGAGAGCAUUCAAGCUCUCGGUAGGAAACAUCAGGUGUUUGAAUCCGAGUUAGUUGGCAUCCAGGGUCAAGUGGACUCCGUGCUCGCCGAGGCCGUCAAGCUGGGCGAAAUCUAUCCGGAUGCCAAGGAGCACAUCGAAGUGAAGCGAGACGAGACAGUGGAGGCCUGGACGGAUCUGAAGGAGAAGACGGCGGCGAGGAAGAACAAGCUCAGCCAGGCGGAGCAGCUGCAGUCGUACUUCGAUGAGUACCGCGAUCUGAUUGCCUGGAUCAAUGAGAUGCUCGCCAAGAUCACUGCUCCCGAAUUGGCCACCAGUGUGGCGGGAGCUGAGCUCUUAUUAGCCAGCACCAAGGAUCACGAUACGGAGAUCCGGUCGAGGGAUGAAACCUUUGCCAAGUUCGCCGAAAAUGGUCAGCAGCUGAUCAAGGAGAAGCACUUCCUCGCGCACGAAGUGGAGGACAAGAUCAAGGUCCUCCAGUCGCGUCACGAACUCCUCAAGCAAACUCUUCGCAAGCGUCGCGAGAUCUACGAACUCAAUUUGGACACCCAGCUGUUCCUUAAGGAUGCCGAGAUCCUGGAACAAUGGAUUAGCAGCAGGGAACCGCAACUAAAGGAUGCCAAACUGGGUGACUCCAUACCCCAGGUGGAGGAUCUCCUGCGUCGCCACGAGGACUUUGAAAAGACAGUGGCCGCUCAAGAAGAGAAAUUCCAGGCCAUCAAGCGGAUCACGCUGCUGGAGCAGCUCUUCCGUCACCAGCUGGAGCAGGAGAAGAUCAGCAAGCAGCAGGAGAAGGAGCGUCUGGAGAAGGAGCGCCUCGAGCAGCUGAAGCAACGGGAGCUGCAGCGACUGGCAGAUGAGAGGAGGCGGGCGGAGAAGCAGCACGAGCAUCGCCAGAAUGCCGCGUCGCAGGAGAAGACCCCGAUCUUCUCCUCACCCAUGGUUACGCCAGCGCAGACGAGUGGUUCCCAAUCUCCUGCCUUGGGACAGGUCCAACUGAGACCUCCUUUCGGGGAUGAGAACGAGCAUUCAGCGCUCCAGAAGAGCAGCUCCAGUGGCAUGUUCGGUGACCGCCUGCGUCGCGGAUCCGCCGAUGCGAAUGUGAAGCGGGCGGAGAGCAUGAAGGUGCAGCCCAAGCAGGCCAAGCGUACGCCAUCGUUCACCACGAGGAGGAGGGCUCAGUCCUUCCGGAAGAACCAGAAGGGCGAGGGAUUCGAUCUGCCGCCCGUUGAGAUUCAGGGAAGCUUGGAGCGCAAGCAUGGCCUGCAAUCGGGAGGAAAGAAAGCGCCCGUUCGUUCAUGGAAGCAAUUCCACACGGUGCUCUGCGGCCAGUUGGUGUGCUUCUUCAAGGACGAGAACGAUUUCCUGCAACAGAAGACGGCCACCGCUCCGGUUAACAUUUUGGGGGCCAAGUGCGAAAGAGCAGAGGAUUAUACGAAGAAGAAGUAUGUCUUCCGGCUAAAACUGCCCGACGGUUCGGAAUUCCUCUUCGAGGCUCCCUCGCUGGACAUCCUCAACGAUUGGGUGCGCAAGAUAUCCUUCCACGCCAGCCUGCCGCCGAACAUGCAGCUCCUCAGCUACGACGAGUCCAUGAAGCAACAGUCGAGCAGUUCGCCGGACAUCAAGGUCACGAGCAGCGUGGAUUCGCCAGUCAGCUCCCGCAACUCCUCGCCCGAUUCCCAGCGUCGCACCAGUGGUGGUCAGCCUCUGGAUGGAACUGCCACGCCCCAAAUGGCCUUCCUGCAGCGACAGAUGCAACAGCAGCAGCAGCAACAACAGCAGCAGCUAUCGCAGCCCAGUUCCCCUAGUUCACCCACCGCCGGAUUCGAUCAGAAGCCACCGAUCCCGCCCAGAGGAGCACCGCCAGUGGCCAGCCAUCGCCAGAGCCAGGAGAAUCUAGUUGUGAUGCGCAAUCGCCAAAGUUCCAGUAAUGACCUGCAACAAUCCGCCACUUUGCCCGCCGGUUUGACUGGAGUCCAGCAGAAUGGAAGCAGCCGGGAUGACAGCGCGGUGCUGACACGCAACAGCGAGGCCAGGCAAUCAGAUAAUCCGCCGCCAUUGCCAACGACGAUGCCACCGGUGGGUGGCCAUCCCCAUCAGCACACCCAUUCCCAUCAGAAUGCUCAGGUUCAGCAGAGGAUCAAUGCCUUCAAUGCGGCAGCGAGUCAGAGUCAACCGGAUUUCUAUAAUAACAAUGCGGCGAGGCAGCAGACGCAGAGGAUUCCCUCGGGGAGGAUCGACUCCACGAGGAAGUUCAUCGAGAUGGAGGCGCACAACAAUAAUGGAGGCACUACUACCAGCACUACUAGCAGUCCCAAGAGGAUACUCAACUAUUCCAGCAGCGGGGCCAGCAGCAAUGGCAACGGUAAUGUGAAGCUGGGAACGACCACGAUCACCAGCAACUCCUCCUCAACCACCACCACCACCACAACACACCACCAAGUGACCUCCUCCUCGAGCAGUCGCACGGUGUGGCAUCUAACCUCAUCGCCCACCUCAUCGACCAAAUCAUCAUCAACCGGGGGCUCCGGGGAGCCUAGCCAUGCCAUCAGUAAUCCAAGCUAUAUGGGUCUGCAUCUGAAUAACAAUAACGAUACAAUCGGAAUUGGACUCGGUGGUUGGGGAAACACCCGCUUCGAGAGCAACCGACCUGUGUCCCUGCAGCCCGACUCCAUCAGCUUCUCACGCGUUUCCGCGGAGAGUUCCAGCGAAAGCGAGGCCCAGUCCAUCUCCUCCGUGUCCGGGGUGAAGGGCAGCAGCAGCAAGGGAACCAAGGAGGAGCGCCGCAGCGGCAUGUUCCGCAUCUUCGGACGCAAGGGCGACAAGGAGAAGGAGAAGGACAAGGACAAGCGCCGGUCGAGUCAAGUCCCGCCACAGUGAAAACAUAUUCAACUCUAAGCCACCGUUAUAACUAUCAGUUCAACCAGGCCGAAUUGUUUUUGUAUUUUUUAUAUACACCAUAAUUAUUUAAUUUGUAUUCGCCAUGGGCAAACAAAUUUCAAAAAGCAAACAAAAAACCAACCACUAAACGAAACAAGAAAUGAAAAAGUUGAAAAAUCUAAAGUGUCUACUUAAAGCUAAAGCGACAAAUGAAAGUAUAAAAGAAAUAUUAUAUAUAUAUAUAAAGUCAAUGUUUUAAUUGCAUUAUAAAAUGUAUUUGUAAGUUUGUUCGUUGUAUGAUUAA